AUGGAUGGGUUUUACUCCUCGGUGGGAGGAGAGGGGCAGGACGUGACCAAUGACACCAGCUGGGCAGAGGAAAGCAGCUCCAAGCUGUCCUUCCGUGUGGUGACAGCUGCCUUACUCCUCCUCCUCAUCCUCUCCACGCUCCUGGGGAACACCCUGGUGUGUGUGGCCGUGCUCAAGUUCAGGCACCUGCGCUCCAAGGUCACCAAUUCCUUCGUCGUCUCCCUGGCAGUGUCCGACCUGCUCGUGGCUGUGCUGGUGAUGCCCUGGAGGGCUGCCACCGACCUGGUGGGGUUCUGGCCCUUUGGGGGGGCUUUCUGUGAUGUGUGGGUGGCCUUUGACAUCAUGUGCUCCACAGCCUCCAUCCUCAACCUGUGCAUCAUCAGCGUGGAGCGCUACUGGGCCAUUUCCAGCCCCUUCCGCUACGAGGGGAGGAUGACGCAGCGCGUGGCCUUCGUCAUGAUCGGGGUGGCUUGGCUGCUGUCCCUCCUCAUCUCCUUCAUCCCCGUGCAGCUCCAGUGGCACAGGGACCACAGGCUCCUCGGCCAACAGCAGCCAGGCUUUAACAUCUCCAGGGAGGAGGAGAGCUGUGAUUCCAGGCUCAACAGGACCUACGCCAUCUCCUCGUCCCUCUUCAGCUUCUACAUCCCCGUUGCCGUCAUGCUGGUGACCUACACCCGCAUCUUCUGCAUCGCCCGGCGCCAGAUCCGCAGGAUCUCCUCCCUGGAGAGGGCCAGGGGGCACACCCAGAGCUGCCACAGCCCUCGGGAAGCCUCCCUGAAGAGCUCCUUCAAGAAGGAGACCAAGGUCCUCAAGACCCUCUCCGUCAUCAUGGGCGUCUUUGUCUGCUGCUGGCUGCCCUUCUUCGUGCUCAACUGCGUGGUGCCCUUCUGCGAGCCUGGAGAGCCUCCUUGCGUGGGCCAGAGCGUCUUCAACACCUUUGUCUGGCUUGGGUGGGCCAACUCCUCCCUCAACCCCAUCAUCUACGCCUUCAACGCGGAUUUCCGCAGGGCUUUCGCCGCCCUCCUGGGCUGCGGCUGCCCCGGCAGCGCCGUGGAGAGGCUGAGCCUCAGCAACGAGCUGGCGUCCUACCAGCACGACACCGCCUUCCAGAGGGAGCUGGCGACCCUCAGCUACCCCCAGCAUCUCCCCCACGCCGUUCUGAGGGUGGAAGACACCGAGGGCUCCUCGGAGAAGGUUCCCCAGGUCUCCUCACCCUCCGGUGAUGCCUCUCCGGUGGUGACACCCGUGGGGGGUGACGUGGCCAUCUCGCUGGUGAAGGUCCCACCUCUCACCAGCAACGCCUUCCACUGA